UACGAUUAUUUGCCAUAACGGUUCGUCGACCGAACCAUUCACUGCCUCCUAAACUUCACCUCGCCGAGAAGAGAGGUCUACGCUUGUCACGUCUGUCACCGUCUGUCACCCGCUUCUGGGACUGCUGAUCGUGUCAGGAAGAGAAAAAAGGAAAGAAGAGGAAUACGGUGAAUGGUGAACGGCGUCUUGUCAUUUCGCUCGUUUGACAUAUAUAUGUGUGUCAUAAUAUUAUUUGCGCAGAAUAUACGACUUAAUUUUAUUGUCAGUGUUUUGCUGUGCAUGUAUUGAUAUAUUUGUCUCGCAAGAAUGCAUGAUUGACAUUCUGUUUGAAAUUGUGAGAAGGCUUUAUCAUGGCUUGAGUCUUCUACGCGUUAUUGAAAGUUUGUCAACAAACUACUCAAGUAUUCAAGUUCCUUCAAAUUUGACAUCUACCUAUUUGUCAUAUCGCCUGCGCUUGGAAAUAAAACUCUUAUCAAUUCUUUGUCGCAGUAGAAAAAUGGUAAAUUCUAAUAUUUAUUGCAUCUGUUGUAAACAAUUGUCCAAUGGCAAUCACAAAGAUAUAUUCGAUGACAAAUUGUUGAUCAAGUCAAAGGAAAAUAAUACGAAUGAGGAAUUUGAUAAAUGUAUGAUAUUGAAAGAUGCUAUCGAAUUAAUUACUGGCUAUAGGAUAUCGAAGAUAGAUAAUGCAGUUUUGUGCAAAAUAUGUUUUCAAAAGGUAGAAUCUUAUAUAAUUUUUCGAUCUCAACUUGUCGCAUCAUUUGAAAGAGCCAAUGGUACGCAAGUUCCAGAUCUUAUUUCGCCAAAUUGCAAAAAUAUGAAAUUUACAGAAACUUCAAAAACACAGAUCUCUGAUACAGGAUUAGAGGCAUUCAAAGAGAUAACAAAUGUGUGUGAGAAUAAUAUUACAAAAUGCGAUGAUUUAUCAAGCAGUGAAUCUGAGAUUAAUGAUUCCUAUUCUAAUGUACUGCCAAACUUUCAAUCUUUUGCUGACAACAUUUCUGAUUCCAUUGAUGAUUUUGAUGAUAAUUCAAAUGUUGAUAUAUCUUAUCCAAAGAUUCAGAAAAGCGAUAUAGAAUCAGAUGUAAAUGUGUUUUCUGACGAAGACAACAAUGAAAUAUUAGAAUUAGCUAUCCAAAGUAAACAUAAUGAUUCUAUCAAUAUCAGCUUAACUGAAUCCGAAGAAGACUAUGAUUAUGGACCAAAUGUCAAAAAAUGUAAGAUUUCAAGUUUCUAAUCAAAUUUUGAUUUUUUUAAAUUAAUAUUGUGUAUAAUUAUUUAUAUGAUAUAUGUGCAAGGGUAUGUAUA